AAUUUCUAUAAAGUAAUGGCGUUGCAUACACUUCCUCACACUAUCCCGUGUUUUUUCUUUCUCUUGCUUCUAUUGUUAAUUGUUCUACCGCAGAAAUGGUGCUAGCUGGUCAACUUAGUACUGAACUUGAGAUUAAAGCAUCUGCUACCAAGUUCUAUAAUGUAUUUGCAUCACAACUUCACGAAAUGGAAAAUAUUAGUGAAAGAGUUCAUGCAGGCAAGCUGCAACAAGGUGAUGACUGGCAUCACUCUGAGACGGUUAAACACUGGACGUAUGUUAUAGAUGGCAAGGUACAGACAUGUAAUGAGACGGUUGAACUUGAUGAACAAAACAAAAAAGUGAUUUUCAAUCUCUUCGGUGGAGAUAUUGGCAAGCACUAUAAGGCAUUUAAGUUCAUCCUAGAAAUAUUUGAUAAGAUUGAUGGAGGUGCAACUAUUAAGUGGACUAUUGAAUAUGAGAAGAUCAAUGAGGAUAUUGAUCCCCCAAAUGGCUACAUAGAUUAUCUUAACAAAGUCACUAUAGAAACGGAUGAUCAUCUUGCCAAGGCAUAGCUCCAUAAUAAAUUAAGAUAUAACGUAACAAAUAAGGAUAUUAAUGGCCUAAUUGGUUUGCCUUUGGACAAUUAGUGUUUAUAUAUAUAUAUAUAUACUACUUGGUGUGAUGUUUGUAAUUGCAUGUAUAUUUGCUUUAUGGGAUCCUUCGCUUUCGUUUGUAUGGAAUAAAUGUGUUGGCGAUGUUUUGAAGAGUGUGUAUUGAAUUAUGUGAGACAAACAAAUGAAUGUUUGUGUUUAAUUAUUUGUA